CAGCAGCAACACCAAAACCCUUAAAACCCAUCAGAAUGUUCAUUUCUUUCUAGUUUUCUGUUCUGGAGCAACUGCUGCUUCACCAGGAAAAUAAAACCGUUUUUUAAAUGAAAGUGAAAGUUUGCUGUACAGAAUAUAAAAUAUUGGCAGCUGUUCUGAAAGUUGAGUUGAAUGAAGACUGAGCUGAAGGAAGUCAAUAUGCCCAGUAGAAACGGUAAACACUGGAUUCUCCUGGCAGCAGGUGCUAAAGGCUGGAAAGACUACAGACACCAGGCCAACGUGUGUCACACUUACCAGAUUUUGCAACGGAAUGGGAUUCCAGAUGAGCAGAUUGUGGUGAUGAUGUAUGAUGAUAUCGCUCAGAAUAAAGAAAAUCCUUUUCCUGGAAAUAUAAUCAACGUCCCAAAUGGUCCUAAUGUUUACCCUGGAGUUCCAAAGGACUACACUGGAGAGGAGGUAACAGCUAAAAACUUUCUGGCUGCACUGUGUGGAGAUUCAACUGCUGGAAAAAAAGUAAUACGAAGUAAUGAAAAUGACACUAUCCUCGUCUAUUUAACAGACCAUGGAAAGCAAGGGCACUUCUGCUUUCCUCAUUCCACACUUUAUGCAGAAGACCUCAUUAAAACUGUGAAGGAAAUGUCAAUGAAGCGCAAGUUUUUGAAGAUGGUCAUUUACAUGGUAGCUUGUUAUUCUGGAUCGAUGCUGGAGAAACUGUCAGAGGAACGCAAUGUGUACGCAGUUUCGUCAUGCAAGCCAGAUGAAGCUUCCUACUCCUGUUAUUAUGACAAGAAAAGAGAUACCAGUCUUUCUGAUGUCUUCUCUGCUCAGUGGCUCAACCAUUUAGAGAAUGAGAAUCUUAGCACAAGUUCAUUUGGAGAUCAGUUUUCCUACCUGAAGAAAAAUGUCAGUAAGAGUGAGAAGGACCAGACACCCUGUAACUAUGGAGACAUGCGAAUGCUCCAGUUAAAGCUGAGUGAGUUUCUUGGACGAUCUCCUCCCUCCAUCCUAGAGACUUAUUCGUCAUAUUUACUCAAAUAUUUUAAUCUGAUAGACACUACAAAAGGUUCCCUAAUAGGCCAAGAAAAUCGGAUUAUAAAUGAACAGGACACGGAAGAAAGACAGACACUGGAAAUACAAUUAAAAAAAAAUCGUUGAAGCACAGGACAUCGUGAGAGACCAGCAGAGGGAAACUCUGAAGAACUCUAUACUGACAUGGAAACGUAAGGAAGUGGUUUUGAAAAUGAACCCCUAAAGCACAUCCCUAAAGCUGAGGCUGGUGUAGGACGAGCUGGAGCAGUGUGUAGUAUCUUCUCAGCUGACCCGAACAGUGAAAAUGCUUCUGCUGAGGCUGCGGUUGAAGCAGGAGCCAUGAGAUUGGAAGUGUAGCAGCUGCAGCUGGUCCAAUUGAAGCAAAGCUGAGUCUGGGAUCGAUACUGGUGUCACCGUUAAUCCCACUGAAGUAGAAUUAUUUUCUAGGUACUGGAAUUGCACUGGGCACAAUGGGAGUGUCAAUAUUUAUAGAUUUUUUUCCAAAAGUAAACAGAUCCAUUUCGUUUGUAAAAAGCUUUUGAUCACAUUUCUCCCAAAAUAUAGUGAUUUAUUUACAAAAUGAACUUUUGUUUCUUUGUGAGUUUUUAAAUUCUGAUCUCUGACAGGAUUUGUGAUUGUGAUUUUAGUUUUAGUAAAAAAAAAAAGUUUAUUUGUUUUGUUUUAAUACAUGACAGAGAUUUUUGGUUCACCAACAGGAAAAAUAAAUAAAUAAAAGAAAGUGAUUGUGAAUUUGUGUUUGAUUUUUUUUAUAAAAAAACACACACACAUGAGCCAAAAACCAAAACAAAAGCAAAUAGAACAUAGUAUAUGAUCUCUGACAUGCUGAUAGACACAAACAGAUAAAAGAUAAAAUAUAGAAUUAUUGCUGUCAGUGAGCUUUGGCAGGUCCAUGAAGAAUCUGUCCUCUGACCACUCACUACUGUAGAAGCUUACUGUCUGCUUGCGGAUUUCAGUGGGUUCCGAUAGGAGAUCCCCUGAUUCUGUUCGCACAGCAAUCUAUGAAUCUUUUUUGUCCAUUCUUUCGCUCUGAACUUAAAAAGAACUUAAAAGGAGCAUUCAUCUCAGUUGCGUUUUUUAAGCAUGAGCGGACCAGCGCCCCCUAUGCUGUGAUGUCUAACAGGUCUUUCAUUUUGGCCUUUUACUUUUAAGGGUUUCAAUACAUCCUCGAUUUCCAGUGGCCUUCAAACGCCGGAGUUCCUUUAUUUCUAUCUCCAGGGCUUUCAGGGAUCUAACAAUAUCCCUUGUGAUGUUAAGAGUGUACUGUUGACAAAAUAUUUUGAUUUGUGUUUUUGUAAAAUUCCACCACAGCUCAAGUGGCCUUCUGAGAUCCAAAAAUUGGAAAAGACUCUCUAAACUUUGCGUCUUCUAAACAUGUAGUGUUAAAAUGCCAGGAGGCACUCUUAGGUUUAAUGAUCUCUUUAAUGAUGACACUUUACCAUGCUAUGGUCAGCGAUACCUACUGAAACAAGAAAACACUUUGUAAAAAGCAUCAGCUGGUGUUCAAGUCCAUGAAAGUGAUCCAGUCUUGCCAGGUAGAGCGUGUUAUCCAUGGCAUAACCCCACGUGUACUGUCUCUUGUUCUUAUUAAAAGUUUUCCAUAUGUCACUUAACUUGUGGGCCUCCAUCAUCUCCCACAGACGCUUACAGGAAGCUACGUGAGGUUCUGCAAGGUUCCGAUCUAAAUGAUCCAUAGUACAGUUAAAUUUCCACCCAGAUUUAGAAUCUCCACACUGUUACAGUCUGACAGUCAGACUUCACCGGCACCAUCUUGAAAUCAACUAGAUUUAUUUCUAGCAAUCUAGAUUGAAAAGCUGUUUUCCAGCUUCAGUCAUUCGAGUUCCCUUCUGAGCAUGCCAAGAUCAGCACCAGUUGGCCACCUGUUUAGAUUACUGACCUUUGCGAUGGAGCUCCGCAAGAUCUUUGACACCACUACACCUUGGCAGCUAUCUUCAAAGCCAACUGAUCUUUAUGGCAAUUUUGCGGUGGAAUUCCAGACAACCACUUCUGCAGGCAGCUGGGACCCCACUGCAUUGUAUUACAUCUUUAUCUGGUGUUUAUCACCAGAGGUUAAAGAUGAACUUGCCGCCCACAAUCCUUGACUUCCUGGUUACCCUCUCUGCCCGGAAUGACGAAUUCGAGAAUGUGUCCCUACACCCUGGCAACCCAAUCCUCAGCUCUCUUCCCCGCAUACUUCUUUCAAAAUCGGAAAAAUGUUUUAUUGCCAGGUACAGCGAAGGGUUUAGCAAAGAGCACUUUACAUUACUUAUAGCGGACCCCAACCUAAUAACGACUAAACUUUACAGAUGGUCUCAAAGACGUUUUAUUAAACCUUGGCAACUUAAACAGAUCACCGUAAGAGCUUAUGCCCUUUAGGGGGGUGCUAAUCCAAAUAUACAAGUAUAAUGUUACAAAGCUGAUGAACCAUGCGAUUAUGCAUACAUACAGCCGUAAUCCGUGACCGUAAUGCCUUGCGCGCUGCCGCUCUUCAAAAUAAGAGUCCCGUAUAUGUACAAAAGGUAAAAAAUAUAAUAUAAUGUCAAAACUCAGAACCUGCCAAAAUAUUAUUUAUCAAAUUAAAUCAAACAAAGAAAACAUUCAGAUGUGUCUGCUACACUCCCACCAAAUUAUAAAUGUCUCUUAAACAUGAAUAAUUUCCAUUUGGUUCUUUAACCUUUGAGUGUUUGAAGUAACAUAACGUCCAUAUGUGAAUCAAUUCACUCCGCUUCUAAUAGCAAAACCAACUUUUGAGCUGGCCUUUCAACCAUUGAUGUCUUAUUUAUCCGUUCUCCUUUCUUGGACAGUUUCCUGUCACCAAGUAUUAAUUUGGCUUUCCUAACCAGUCCAUCUGGGCUUUAAAUAGUCUCUACGAUCCUUCCUAUUCUCCACUGAUUUCUUGGUAGAGACACUGAAAAUUUCUUUUAGGAGCAUGCCAGCACUGUCGUGUAGCAAUCGUGUGUAGAUAUUCCUUUUUCCAUCUACUCCAAAAUUGCUCCGUAAGGUACUGUACCUGUCUCCACCUUUUUCUUCCAUAAACAUCCUCUCUUGUGAAUUUUCCUGGAGGUGGUAAAGCUGUUGUGGCUUUCAUGGUAAUUAGAUGGUUAGGCGUGAGUGGUUCUAAACUCUUAGGGUCAUUCAGGUUGUCCACAGUUAGGGGGCGACUGUUGACUACUGCCAUUGCCUCAUAAAACAAAGUGCGCAAUGAAGCAUCGCUAAGUCUACCUGAUGAAAGUGAUACAGUUGAACUUAGAACACUGCGUACAGUUUUGAUCUGCCGCUCCCAUACACCACCAGCAUGACUGGAAUGGGGAGCAUUAAAAAUAAAGUCACAUUGCUUGUCAGCAAGAAAAACACUGAGUCUUUCGGGGUCAAGCUCCUGUGAUGCAGAACUCAGUUCAUUUUUAGCUCCUAUGAAAUUGGUACCCUGGUCACAUCGAAUUUGUCUCACUGCUCCUCGAAUAGCAAUAAAGCAUCGUGGGGCGUUGAUGAAUGCGUCUGUAGACAUGUCUUCUAACAUCUCAAUGUGGAUAGCUCUUGAACAGAAACAUGUCAAAAGCAGACCAUACCUUUUGUGUUGCUUUCGGCCCUCUUUGGUCAUGAAAGGACCAAAGCAAUCCAUACCACAAUAUGUAAACGGUGAGGAAGGUUCCACACGUUCUGUAGGAAGAUCACUCAUCCUUUGACCUUCAGCAGAUUUUCUUAACCUUCUACAAGUUACACAGUUGUGGAUGUACGAAGUAACAGCUCUGUUAAUUCCAAACGUGGUAUCGUGACCACUUUUGCGGGAGCAACUCGAGCUUUACCAAUGAGAAAAGCACAAUAGAUGUUUUCCCUUUCGUCCAUUACUCUCAGAUAAGAACAUUGACCAUAGCCACAGGUACUUGUGUCUGAGAAAUGGUGUAUUUCUGUUUUUACAACCUUACCGAAUUCAGCAGGUAUAUAACAUCGUGCUAUGUUUAUCUUUUCCACGUUGGCUAAGUCAUCUUGCCAUUUCUUCCACAGAGGGCUUAAUGCUGGAGAAAGCGAGUCAUCCCAGCCUGUACCCUGGCGACACAUUUCUUGAAGGAUUUUUUUGCCAUUAAGAACAUAUGGAGAUACGAAGCCCAAAGGAUCAUAUAUGGAGGCGAUGGCUGAUAGUAUGCCACGACGUGUUGUAGGUUGAUCCUUUAAAGGAACAUGGAAUCUGAAACUAUCACUUUGUGUGUUCCAAUGAAUCCCUAAUGCUCUUUCCAGUGGCAUGUCAUUGAAAGUAAGAUCCUUUGGUCCAAAACUUACUGCACAUUCUGAUGCUGGUAUACUUUGCAGAACGGUGCGGUCAUUCGAUAUAAACUGGUGCAGUCGGAGACCGCCUUUAGCACAUAACUCCUGUGCUUCCUUUGUUAACUGUAUGGCU